UCCCCGAAAUCUUUUCUUUAUUGUUUUCAAUGUUAGUUGAUCUUCCACCUGACACCACUUGUCGAUAGCUUUCGAAUGAUGUAAAACUAAUUCUGAUCGAAUCAAGAUUAAUAAAGUUAUUGUUUAUCAAAGCUAGCUGUCCUACCUCAACUAUCACUUUAUUUUUUGGGAGGAGAACCCUUGAGAUCCUUCGGUGUUUUCGAUUAAUUGUUUUUCCCCUUCGUUUCUUUAUUACUUUUUGCAAUCAUUUCGUAUUUCCGUAAAUAUUUUUUUUAAUUUUUUUAGAUUUUUAUUUCUAAUGACUGAAAACAAAGAAAAACGUGUAGUCAAUGAAUACCGACUAAAUGAAGACAAUGAACUUCGAUUGGAAGUUGGAAACGAAGAAGUUUUGUUAGAAUUGCUUGAGGGAACAGCAGAAAUAUUUGGUUCACAAUUAUCAAUGCAUAAACGUUAUACACUUCCUCCAGGUUAUCGUGCUGCUAUAUUUACUUAUAAAGGGGCUUUACUUGAAGUGGUUGGAAAGACUGAAAGUAUUUAUAUUGCACAACAAACACCAAUGAUUAUUUAUUUGAACACUCAUGCAGCUUUGGAAUCGUUAAGAAGAGUUGCGGAAAGUCAAUUGUUGGCAGAUCCAAAUGGCCCGGCUAGAGGACCUCGUUUAAUGAUUACUGGGCCGACAGAUGUUGGAAAGACUACACUGUGUAGAAUCCUGUGUAAUUAUGCUGUGCGUGAAGGAAGAAGUCCACUUUACAUUGAUUUGGAUAUUGGACAGGGUAGUAUAUCAAUUCCUGGAUCAAUUGGAUGUUUAUAUAUUGAAAAACCAGCAGAUAUUAUUGAUGGAUUUGAUAGAAAACCUGCUUAUGUUUACAAUUUUGGACAUAUAACACCUUCUGCAAAUUUAAAACUUUAUGAUAUGUUGGUAAAAGAAUUGGCAGUUGCGGUUAAACAAAAAGCCAAAUCUUCAUUAAAUUGUAAUUGUUCUGGUUAUAUUGUGAAUACUUGUGGUUGGGUUAAAGGAGAUGGGUAUGCUUGUAUUGUAAAUGCAGCUGAGGCAUUCGAACCAGAUGUAGUUAUUGUAUUGGAUCAUGAGAGACUUUAUAUUGAAUUGCAGCAGGAUUUGCCGAGUUAUUUGAAGAUUUUACAUCUUCCAAAAUCCGGAGGCGUGGAAAGUCGUCCACAAGAAAUGCGAAUAGCUCAUAGAAGAAAAGCUAUCCACAGAUACUUUUAUGGAACAAAAUCUUUGCGUUUUUCCCCAUAUUCUUUUGAAUUUUCUUAUGACAAAACUGGAGACGAGCAAGAAUUAAGCCUCUAUAAAAUUGGUGCAGAACAAAUUCCAGAUUCUUGUUUACCUAUUGGAAUGGUUGUGGAAGAUCAUAGAACACAGGUUGUUUCUGUGCCGUUUACUUCAGAACUUUUAAAUCAUGUUAUUGCACUAAUGCCACCAGAUUCAAAGACGGACCAAACUUUAAUUCACAAGCCGUGUGUUGGAUUUUUGGUAAUUACUGGAAUUGAUACAACAAAGAAGACAAUAACUUUACUUAGUCCACAACCUUAUCCUUUACCUUCAAAAAUUGCACUUUUAACUCAAAUUACUUUUGUGGAUGAUAACAAUUUGUAA